UCAUGAGCUCAGGCCAGCCCCACCUCCUAACUUCUGCUCCCCUUGAUAGAAGCUUCUGGGAUCUUCGCAGGUUGUCUCAGUUCUAGACGCCGAGGAUCCGCACGCUCGCAAUGCCGCGUGGAAGCCGAAGCCGCACCUCCCGCAUGGCCCCUCCGGCCAGCCGGGCACCUCAGAUGAGAGCUGCACCCAGACCAGCACCAGUAGCUCAGCCACCAGCAGCAGCCCCACCAUCUGCAGUUGGCUCACCUGCUGCUGCACCCCGGCAACCCGGUCUGAUGGCCCAAAUGGCAACUACUGCAGCUGGUGUGGCUGUGGGCUCUGCAGUUGGGCACACUCUGGGUCAUGCCAUCACAGGGGGCUUCAGUGGAGGACGUAAUGCUGAGCCCUCAAACCCCGACAUCACUUACCAGGAGCCUCUCGGAAGCCAGCCAGCACAGCAGCAGCAGGUUGGCCCUUGCUUCUAUGAGAUGAAACAGUUUUUGGAAUGUGCCCAGAACCAGACUGAUAUCAAGCUCUGUGAGGGAUUCAAUGAGGUGCUGAAGCAAUGCAAACUUGCAAAUGGAUUAUCCUAAUCAAGAAGUACAAAUUGAAGAAAAGGAAAAUUGCCUUUCAAGACCAAGUUAAUUUAGCAUGAAAAUGUAAUUGAUAAUGAAAAGGGUAAAAUCAUCAGUUAAACCUC